CAAACGCGGUCAUGCGCCGGUGGCAGGAUCAUUUGGUCGCGCCCCGACACCGCUCCGACACCAAGCAACCGAUACCCGAGCACUUACAUCACAGACACUUUGGUAUGGUAUGGAACGUGACGGGGUGACGGCGCGACGCUUGAAUGAAGAGCAACGCGAGGCGCCCUGCAUGCCGACUUUCUGCAUUCCAUCACAUUGACCGCACCCUCGACGAGGAGUUCAGCGACGCCUCCGCUGGCUUUCUGAAUGAGGUGCUGUCAGGAGUGACAAGCUCGGAAUGCGAUUCAGGCAACGGUGAGGAGCAUAGCAGCACCCUGGCGCCGGAUGCAGGCGCCAUCCCGGACUUGUGCAGCGAUGAGGUACACGCGCUACUGGUCCUCCAACAGUCGGCUGUCGAGCGCGCGCCAGCGACCGCGAGGCAGCGGCGCUCGGAGGGCAGCGGCCGGCCUGCCCAUCGCUGCCGUCGGCUUCACCAUCGGUACAACAUGGCCGGCGUGUUGUCUGGAUUCGUUCCUCUGCGACUUCUUCAGGACGCCGCUGCAGUCACCCCGCCCGGGGAGCCCAUGCCCUCCAACUAACUUUGCACCUCCUCACUCCGCGCCUUUGGAUGCUAGCUUGAAGCCCUGUAACGUGCUGCCCGUGGCUGUCCCGUCUGCGGGAGGCGCGGUCGCCACAGCAGAUUAGUGUGCCCCGCGGGACCAUGCACGGACAUGGACAGAGACAAGCGUACGAAGAGUUAUCUGAGUCACCUACUUGACGUGUACGUAACCGCUCUCCUUUCUCCUUUGUUCGCCGGCAUCCACAGACGCGGCGAGCAAGAACCAGGCUGAAGGCAGGAAGCUGUUGGCAGAGUUCGCACACUGGGUCUAGAGGGCAAAAUAAGGACUUGCGUUGCUUGUGGCGCCUCGGCCUGGGACCCCUUGUGACAGUGUCUUGUGUGCGGCAGGAGUGCUCGGCUGUGUGCUGGCUCUACUGGGACAGCUGGCAUUCGUGUGGUGGCAACAAACGCAGGACCCAAUGCGGGGCCCUAUGUAUGUGGCUGCGUCAUGUCAGUACAUUUGCGCCAGCUUCAUCACUAUGGCCGCUAUGGUCUCCGCCAUGCUGGCAGCCAGGAGCAGCAGCAGUGUACCCUCCACGCCCGAAGUUUUCAGGGCUAUUCCCUGGCUUGCUCGGCUGGCUGAUCCCGCCAGUCGUGGGUUGGGGCUGCCAGCAGCCGGGCACAAAGCAGGGCGGGGAGAGCAUGAAGGCAAAGUAAGACCAAGGAACGGAAGAGCAUGUGGAUGUUAAAAGAACGAAGCAAAGGUCCCAGCCCCAGUGGCAUGGCAUUCAUACUCCGUGCGUGAGUGCAGAAAGAACGAGCAGCCAUGCGAGUGACGUGACGCGGGAAGAUGUUUCGCUAUAGGCGGCACGCUAAAGCAACCCAGCCCCCCAGUCCGGUAGCCUCACCUACGAAACACAGGAAGCACCACGGACGAGCGCAGCAGCGAGGGCAAACGCGGCACAUGCGGGGACACAUCCAAAGACAUGGAGCUUGGAUGAUGAGCGACAAGGGGUGUCAGCUUUGUACAGCUGGAAAAUGGGCUGAGCCCCCGUACGCUUGGGAGCUAUUAGGCGUGUAACGCCCCGUCAGA